AAGACUUUAAUGCUUUUGCGGAAAAUUCAAGCUGGAUUUUGGAGACCUCGGAAAGCCCCUCGUGUGUGACGUUGAAAAUUGGAAAAUUAAACAUUUUACUCUAAUAUAUAGAGCACAUACAUAAAGUAUUAUACAGGAUAUAAACCAAGGCUUCUUUGACUUCAGGAAGAAGUUCUGCAUAAACCAUUGGCAGAAAUGGAUAUUGACUCAGAUCUGCAGAAAGUUUUACCUACAGAAGAACAUGAUUAUGAUAGAGAAAAAGAGCUGAAGGCCUUUGAUGACACAAAAGCCGGUGUUAAGGGACUUGUUGAUGCUGGUGUAGUUACAAUUCCUCGAAUCUUUUUCAUGCCGCCUGAAGAUACACUCUCUGCAAAGUUGGAUGAUCAUGGUAGUUUUCAGGCUCCCAUCAUAGAUCUAAGAGAUCGUGCUGCAUAUGCAGAAACUGUUGAAAAGAUCAGAUAUGCAUCAGAGAAAUGGGGAUUCUUCCAGGUUAUAAACCAUGGCAUCCCACAAGAUGUCAUCAACAAGGUCAUUGCAGGUGUUCAAAGAUUCCAUGAGCAACCGAAAGAGGUGAAGAUGAAAUUUUACUCACGUGAGAAGGAGAAGAAAGUGAGAUUUAUUAGCAAUUAUGAUCUGUACGUGUCGAAAGCUGCAAACUGGAGGGACACUUUGUAUUGUGCCAUGGCUCCAAACCCUCCACCUCCCAAAGAGUAUCCAGUUGCCUGCAGAGAAAUAUUGAUAGAGUACUCAGAGCAUAUUCAGAGUUUAGGCCAAAUUCUUUUUGGGUUGCUAUCCGAGGCCCUUGGUCUCAAUCCUUCUCACCUCACAGAUAUGGGGUGCAUGGAAGGGCAUGUCUUUUUUUGUCACUACUACCCAGCUUGCCCUGAACCUGACCGGACAAUAGGACAUGCCAAACACUGUGAUCCUGACUUCCUUACAAUCCUUUUACAAGAUCAAAUUGGAGGCCUCCAAGUGCUUCAUGAAGAUCACUGGAUUGAUAUCCCUCCACUGGAAGGAGCUCUCAUAGUUAAUAUUGGCGACCUCUUACAGCUAAUCUCCAACAACAAGUUCAGAAGCGUUGAGCAUAGAGUUCGGGCUAAGCGGGCAGGCCCAAGAAUAUCAGUGGCAUGCCAAUUCACCACACUUUAUGAACCAACUGACAAGCUUUAUGGCCCCAUAAAGGAAUUGUUAUCAGAAGAUAGUCCACCUUUGUACAAGGAAACCUUGAUAAAGGAUUAUCUGUAUUCCUUCUGCUCCUUGGGAAGUGACAACGAUUCUGCACUUGCUUUUUUUAGAUUGUAAUGAUGAAAAGAAUAAAUGCACACAUAUUGUAAUAUAUGGGCAAAAGAAUAAACAUACACAGAUUGUAAAUUCCCUUCAAGUAAUGGUUAAUUAAGAGUUGCAGGACUCAAAAUUGGGUUAAGUGCACAGGAAGCUACCUAAGCUAGGAGCAUUAGUGGACUGAGCAACCAACUUGGAGUUGGGAUAUUCAGGAAAGGCAACAAUUGUCUCACACUCCCAGGGACAUAUAAUGCUUCUUACUGCCUCGCCAUCACUGCUAAGAA